AGGGCCUAUAUAUAACUGGUUCCUCUACAGUCUGCGCAAGUCAUUGCUGGAUAUUCUCACAACACAACUUUGCGGACAAUAGAGCAGCUUAAAGAUGGUAGCUUCAAGAAAGACCGUUGAGCUUUUCUAUGACGUCAUAUCCCCCUACUCAUGGCUGGCAUUUGAGGUGCUCUGUCGAUACCGGAGUGUUUGGAACAUCAAUCUGAAGUUGAGGCCAGCCCUUCUUGGUGGAGUCUACAAAGGUGCAGGAAACAAAGGUCCUGAUGACGUUCCCAGGAAGUUCCACUACAUGGUGACAGACUUACUCCGGCUGGGUUCCUAUGCUGGAGUACCCAUCAGAGUUCCCGCCCAACCAAUCCAUCACCUGCUGGGGAGAGGUUCCUUACCUGCCAUGCGUUUUGUGGCGGCAGUGGCAGAGAGUGAUGCCCAGUCGGGCAGUGAUGCCCAGGUGGAGAGGGUGUCCAGGGAGCUGUGGACCAGGAUCUGGAGCAACGGCCAAGACAUCAACCAGAUGACCUCACUUGCAGAGGUGGGCCAGAGGGCAGGGCUGUCAGCGCAGAAGGUGAGGGAGCUGCUGGAACAGUCUCACAGCACCGCCAUCAAGGACAAGCUGAAGAGCUCCACAGAAAAAGCCCUCGAUUACGGGGGCUUUGGCUUUCCUCUGACGAUCUGCCAUGUGGCCGGAGAGCCCAAAGCCUUCUUCGGAUCGGACCGAUUUGAACUCAUGGCUCACUGCCUCGGUGAGAGAUGGGCGGGGCCACAGCCGGAUGACUCGCCACUUAUUGACAGCCAAUCAUCAAACAGCAGAAGAGCCAUUAUGACCAGCUGAGAUGUUCUGCUGAGUGUGUGUGGACAUUAUGCAUAUUGCACUUUAAAGUCGUUUUUUGAGGAUCCCACCAAGAUGCCUGACUCGAAAUUGGCACGUCAAGAUCUUGCAAAUGUGGAUUUUAAGGUGCCGGUAUGCUUGCUGCAAGAUACGCGAGCGUGUGCACGAUUCGUUCAUGAACGCGUUAAGGGCGGGUUAUGCUUCCUACUUGUGCCACAGAGUGAGCUUGUCGCAGCCAUGAUGCAGUUAAUUUUGGUUUAUGCCCUGUUUUGAAGCACGGUCUGCGCGAUGUCAUUCCACGCUGAAACUGCCUUCAAUACAAAGAGUAAACUA